UGAAUGGAAAUAUGGGCCAGCAGGACCGUCUCGCGUUGAUGGCGUCAUUCUGUGGCGCCAAAACAGUCUCCUCUCAGCUUCUUUCCAGAGUACCUCCAUUGUGGAGACACACACAUACACACAUACACACAUUUAUCUAGGAUAAAAACAAAAUCACGUGUGUAGUGUUUAAUGUGUCACCCAAACCUGCAGUUUUUCAGCGCGUCUAGUGGUUUUCAGCCCCUGUCGGUCUCGCCAUGAAAGACGACGAUGAUUUGACGACAGAUUUUCAUUCAGAUCAACUCCAUGCUAAUGUGGCGUCUGUUCCUGAUGGACUUUGCUGGGUGUCAAUUCUCUCCUGUCUACUACUUGCGUGCUCCUAUGUUGGAAGUUUAUACGUUUGGAAAAGCGAUUUACCAAGGGAUCAUCCUGCAGUGAUAAAGAGGCGCUUCACUAGUGUCCUGAUUGUGUCCGCUCUGUCUCCAGUGUUUGUGUGGGCAUGGAAAGAUUUCACUGGCAUCCAGCCUGGUCCCUCAUUGCUGGCCCUUAUGGGGAUCCGGUUGGAGGGGCUCAUUCCUGCUAUCAUUCUACCGCUCCUACUGACCAUGGUGCUGUUUCUGGGCCCUCUGAUCCAGCUAGCCAUGGAUUGCCCCUGGGGGUUCAUGGAUGGGAUGAAAGUUGUAGUCGACCCUUGCUUCUGGACGCUGUGUCUGAGUGAUAUGCGCUGGCUGAGGAACCAGGUUGUGGCGCCAUUGACAGAGGAGCUGGUUUUUCGGGCAUGCAUGCUUCCCAUGCUGGUACCCUGUGCUGGACCCUCCGCGGCAAUCUUCACAUGCCCACUCUUCUUUGGUGUUGCUCAUUUUCACCAUGUAAUUGAACUCCUGCGGUUCAGACAAGGCACUGUCUCAGGGAUUUUCCUCUCUGCAGUGUUCCAGUUCUCCUACACUGCAGUAUUUGGAGCUUAUACAGCCUUUAUAUUCAUCAGGACAGGUCAUUUGGUGGGUCCCGUGCUGUGCCAUUCCUUCUGCAACUACAUGGGUUUUCCAGCUCUGAGCACGGCCCUCGACCACCCGUACCGCCUCACGAUUCUCUCUUUCUACGUGCUGGGGGUCGUUCUAUUCCUCCUCCUCAUAUUCCCCAUGACUGACCCAGUCUUCUAUGGUUUUCCCACACCUGUCUGCACCUUGACCUCCACACCUGGAUCCAUCUGCUCCUGAUCCAUCCAUACCUCCAUCCUGCAUUUCAUCCAUUCCUUCUCUCCAGCCAUUUGAAAAGGAAUAGCUGUUUUGUUGCUGGUUUCACCAGGAGAGCAAGGGACUGCUGGAGAACAGGUAUGAAAACUCACAGCCUCCGUGAGGUGCUUGGAAGAACUCGGUGGAUCCAAAACAUCCUCAGGUUUCACUGGAAGUUCUUUUUACCAUUCAGCUGAUGUUGCGUUAUCAAGUGACUUCAGGCUUAUGUUUGAUGAAGACAAGUUAAUUAUAUGCGUCUGCAUGUUUUUAUGACAAUAUUUCAGUGUGUUUAUCAUGAGAUUGGUGCUGGGGAUAAAGAUCAGACACAAUUACGGGUUUUCUAGGAAGAUUUGUAUGCUGAAAUGUGCAUUUCUCAAAUGCAAGACUCCCUAUUUUUCUGUUCUGAUAGUACAAUCUUGCUCACAUACACCUUACCUGUUUGGUCUGGUGCCCUUACUUGAAGACGACAUUUGGUUUUCUAGACGUUACAGACUUUUUUUUGUUUUGUUUUACUCGUGUUUUUUAUCGUCUAGAAAUCACGUCACUCAAUUCAGUAGGCUUAAAGGGGUAGUUCACCCAAAAAUGAACAUUUUGUCUACUUACUCACCCUCAAGUGGUUCCAAAUCUGUAUGAGUUUCUUUCUUCUAUUGAACACAAAAUAUAUUUUAAAGAA